AUUUGACUGUAACGGUAGACCAGACUGCCAGGGGAACGUCACUAGUAAGUUUACAAGUAACAUACAGUAUUAUAUACCGCACAAGUAUCAAUACUAGUAUUACUACAAAGUAUCAUAUAUCGGUACGAGUAAACUAUUUAAAUACAAAUACCCUUUUAGAACCACAACAGAUAAUACAAUGUUGAAGAGCUAUUCGUCGUGGUUGCCCCGUCUCUGCCUCUUGUAUGUGGCGGUGGCCCUUAUAAUACCAUUGUUUGCCUCCAAGUCUGGUGGUGUAGCUUUGGCUGCUGAAGACGACCAUGAAUCAUACGGCACCGUCAUUGGUAUUGAUUUGGGAACCACCUACUCGUGUGUGGGUGUGAUGAAGAACGGAAAGGUGGAGAUCUUGGCCAAUGACCAAGGUAACAGAAUCACACCAUCCUACGUGGCGUUCACCGAUGAAGAACGUUUGAUCGGUGACGCUGCUAAGAAUCAGGCCGCUUCCAACACCAACAACACUGUCUUUGACAUCAAGAGAUUGAUUGGGUUGAAGUACGCUGACAAAACUGUCCAGAAAGAAAUCAAGCACUUGCCUUACGCCAUCGAGAAGAAGGACGGAAAGCCCGUUGUCAAGGUUGACUACCAAGGCGAAUCCAAGACCUUUUCUCCAGAAGAAAUCUCCGGAAUGAUCUUGGGUAAGAUGAAGUCUAUUGCUGAAGAGUACUUAGGCAAGAAGGUCACCCAUGCCGUUGUCACUGUUCCAGCCUACUUCAACGAUGCUCAGAGACAAGCUACAAAGGAUGCUGGUACUAUUGCCGGUUUGAACGUGUUGAGAAUCGUCAACGAACCCACAGCUGCUGCCAUUGCCUACGGUUUGGACAAGACCGAUGGUGAAAAGCAAAUCAUUGUCUACGACUUGGGUGGAGGUACCUUCGAUGUUUCUUUGUUGUCUAUCGAAGGUGGUGUUUUUGAAGUUUUGGCUACCGCUGGUGACACCCACUUGGGUGGUGAAGAUUUUGACUUCAAGAUCGUCAGACAUUUGGCUAAGUUGUUCAAGAAGAAGCACGACAUUGACAUUACCUCCAACGCCAGAGCUGUAGCUAAGUUGAAGAGAGAAGCUGAAAAGGCCAAGAGAACUCUUUCGGCCCAGAUGUCUGCCAGAAUCGAAAUUGACUCGUUUGUGGAUGGUAUCGACUUCUCCGAGACUCUUUCGAGAGCCAAAUUCGAAGAGUUGAACAUUGACUCGUUCAAGAAGACAUUGAAGCCAGUGGAACAAGUUUUGAAGGAUGCCAACGUCAAGAAGUCUGAAAUCGACGAUAUUGUUCUUGUUGGUGGUUCUACAAGAAUUCCAAAGGUCCAAGAGUUGAUUGAGAAGUUCUUUGAUGGAAAGAAAGCCUCUAAGGGUAUCAACCCUGAUGAGGCUGUUGCUUACGGUGCUGCUGUUCAAGCUGGUGUUCUUUCGGGUGAAGAAGGUGUCGACGACAUUGUCUUGUUGGACGUCAACCCAUUGACUUUAGGUAUUGAAACCACUGGUGGUGUCAUGACCACCUUGAUCAACAGAAACACUGCUAUUCCUACAAAGAAGUCACAGAUCUUUUCUACUGCCGCUGAUAACCAACCUACCGUGUUGAUCCAGGUCUACGAAGGUGAAAGAGCCUUGGCUAAGGACAACAACAAGUUGGGUAAGUUUGAGUUGACUGGUAUUCCACCAGCUCCAAGAGGUGUGCCACAAAUUGAAGUCACUUUCUCGUUGGAUGCCAAUGGUAUCUUGAAGGUCGAAGCCUUGGACAAGGGUACCGGUAAGUCUGAGUCCAUCACCAUCACCAACGAUAAGGGCAGAUUGUCUAAGGAUGACAUCGACAGAAUGGUAGAAGAGGCUGAAAAGUACGCUCAGCAAGAUGCCGAGUUGAAGGCCAAGAUUGAAGCCAGAAACUCGUUGGAGAACUACGCUCACUUGUUGAGAGGCCAGUUGAACGACAAGUCCGAAACUGGAUUGGGAUCGAAGUUGGAAGACGAUGACAAGGAAACUUUGGAUGACGCUGUUAAGGAAGCUUUGGAAUUUAUCGAAGACAACUACGACACCGCCACAGCCGAAGAAUUUGAAGAACAAAAGCAAAAGUUGAUUGACGUUGCCAACCCCAUCACCGCUAAGUUGUACGGAGGUGCUGGUGGAGAAGCUGGAGCCGGUGGUGCCAAGUUUGGUGAUGACGACUCCGAUGACGAAUUCGAUCACGAUGAAUUGUGAUUACCCCUGUAAUUUAUCCAAAUACAAAUCCCAAUCCCGAAGCUCAAGUAAGCUUAUCCAUUAGCCAUUAUAUUUAUAUACUGAUAUCGUUAACUUGUGUCUAGACGAGCAAUGGCAGCUCUAUUCAUAGUAAUUCUGCUAAUAAAGGUUGCAAUAGAUCGG